AUGGCUUGCAGUAAAUGGGAAUAUGUAAAAGAUUUUGAGUUAGAUGACAGACUUUUGCCAUCUACUUAUAUCGUUGUAAGAGUUGAUGGUCGUGGUUUCACAGAAUUCUGUAUUAAUCACAAUUUAGAAAAACCUUUAGAUGAUAGACUAAUACGUCUCAUGUCAAAUUGCGCACAGAAAGUUAUGCUAAAAUUUGAUGAAAUGGUACUUGCUUUCGGUGAAAGUGAUGAAUUUUCAUUCAUUUUCAAAAAAUCAGCAAAAGUUUUCAACAGAAGAAGAGAUAAAAUCAAUUCUACAGUUGCCUCCUUAUUUUCAUCCAUAUUUGUUAAAGAUUGGUCAAACUUUUUCCCAAAUUUACCACUUCAAGAUCCUCCUUCCUUUGAUUCUAGAAUUGUUCUUUAUCCAUCUCUCGAUGUUGUCAAGGAUUACUUAUGUUGGAGACAAGCAGACACACAUAUCAAUUGUUUAUAUAAUUAUACUUUAAAUGUCCUCUUGAGGGCAGGUGAAAAUCCAACAGAUGCGACAGAAAAAUUGAGAGGAACAUUUUCUAACGAUAAAAACGAAAUCCUCUUCAAACAUGGUAUUAAUUAUAAACUUUUACCAGCUGCUCAUAGGAAAGGAACUGUUUGGAUUCAUGCAAAGAAGCUUUUCGAAACAAAUGAUGAUCUUAUUCAGGAUGCUUUUUGGAAGAAAUACUCAAAACUUUUUGAAUAA